UUCAUGCAAUCUGUGUUUUUUGUUGUUGUUGUUGUUGUUUGUUUGUUUGUUGUUUUUGUUUGUUUGUUUGUUUGUUUGUUUCCUCUCUCGGACCUGCAGCUCCACCGCCCGCCUCGUCCGUGUCUCCGCCAUGAAGCCGUGGGUCUGCCGGCUGCUCGGCGUCCUGUGCGCGGCACUGUCCUGGGCCCUGGGCCUAAGCUUCACCCGCAGCACCUCGUGGCACCUCUGGGAGUUCCGCAGCGAUUCGGUGCCCUUCGUGUCUAUCGGGAUCUGGGAGGCCAUCUACUACCAGCGGGUCAACGUGUCGGGCCCUACGGGCGGUGCCCACGCGCAGCCCGGCCGCCCUGCUGGGCUGGGCCCGGCGGGGUCCAGGGAGCCGCACGCGCUGGGCUCCAAGGCAGCGGCUGCGUUCCUGACGCUGAGUGGCUGCUGCACCUUGAUCGCUGUGACCUGGAACGCGGCGGCCGAUGAGCGCGGGUACAGCGCCCUGGACUUCCCACUGCACUUCCCCGUGGCCAAGGCGAGCCGGGCGAGGGCGCAUGGCUCGGCUUGUACGUGCUACCGUUGGGCCUGGCCAUGGCCGCACUGUCGCUGGCCGGUGCCCUUGUGUUCCUCGGGGAGGCCUGCCUGGCGCAGCGGCGGAAACCUGUGGCUCCCAGAGCAGACGACCUGGGCUGAUAGCCCCGCCCCAUGGGCUGAGAGCCCCCCACCUGGGCUGAGAACCACCCCACCUGAGCUGAGAGCUCCCCCAACCUGUUUUUGGAAAAUUUCUUAA